UAAGCGUCACCACAUACCUACUAUGAAGAUAUCUCGUCUUAGAUAAGCUUGAUAUCACGGCUUAACAUCUAUCACCUUAACUCCAACGUUAAAACAUUCUAAGGCUAUUAUAUUUUUUUAGUUCCAUCCCCAGUGCGCUUCUCAUCUUUGUGGAGUGGGAUUGAGUUUCAUCGACAUCCAAAUCUCGGUAGAUGACUUGAGCUUGCCUGCAUGGGGUUUACUUCCGCAAUUGGCUAAUGAAGCCCUAUAUGUCUCGCGCGCGUAGAAGCUAUUAUAGGCCGCUGAGGGGAUCUCCCAUGAAUUAUCUCGCAUAUACUAGCUAUUAACUAUGUAAGGGCCUUCCUUAGCCAACGACGAAUUGGUCCGGAUGUCCCCUUGAAAGUAAAGCUUGUUUUCCCUCCGACAUAUACGUGCUCACUUUUCGCUCUUUUCAACGUCGAGUUCAAUAUCACGAUCCCAAUGCCUUGGUCACCUAAUGUCGACUCGACAUGGUGGUUCAACUACUCGAUGAGGUAGUAGGCACUGCUGUUGGCGUUCUUAUAUGGUCAUUUAUUUGUUUGGCGGCCAGUGCUCUUAUGAUCUGGCUGGUAUGGGCCCAUCACGAGAGAGACAGUUAUGUCGCACUACUAUCCUAUGUUACACUUCUAGGCACCGUCAUAAGCAUUAUCCAGCAGUUCCAUACCAUCGUUUGGUGGCGCGAUGUUAAAACUGAACAGUACAAAUACGCCAUCGCUCAUAUCGGCUCUCCGGAGAUAGCCAUCGCAGGGCCUUCCACUGGCUUGGACCUCGUACUAUUUUACAUACAAUACUAUACAUAUAACGUAGAGGCAAUGCUCACUCUAUUCUGGGCCAUCGCACUGUCUCAUACCGUAUUCAAGGUCAGAGACAUCGUCACUUUCAGACCGCUCAAGAAUAGAACCGAUCAGAUAGCAAAGGUGGUAGCAGUGAUACUGCCAGCCAUCCUCAUGGGUCUCUUACGCCUGAGCGGAGUCCAGAGUUCACACCUGGCUUUCUUGAUCCUCGCCAACUUCAACAUCAUGAUUAGCCUCAGUAUAGGUAGCCUCCUAUUAAUCGCGAUCCUCAUCAAGUACAUAUACACUCGGCACCGGCUUAUCUCGUGGAACACCCGAUACUUGUUCUCCAGGAGGUCGGGGGAGACGGAUGGACAUAUCCUUGACAUACUAGAUGGCCACCAAAGCAUAUACGAUCGAUGGCUAGUACUGCGAUUCUCCAUCGCCUUCGUGGUGCUGGCUGUUUUUCAACUCAUUACGAUCUUGUCGGAGAUAUCGCAGCUUUCCCAUCACACGACCGAGCAGCUUGGCGAAUACGCGGACUUGUCAGCUGCGAGGGCAAUCAACGACUUCUUGCUUUUCAUGCCGGGUGUGUCGACAAGCCUUCUUGUGUUCAUUGUUUUCGGAACCACUCGUACGUUCCGGAAGACAAUGUACAAAACGUUCGUACCCAAGAAACUUCAGAAACAGCCGGUAGAGCCACCACCCAUAACGAACGCCAUGCGGGACGGGGACGACGAUGAGGACUUGCGUGACGAAGAAGACUACGCUCACCCGUUUCACGACAUGUCGAAUAAUUGUUCACCUGAAACUGUGCCAAAGAGCGCCAAUGAUACCAUUAACACGACCACCGAAUCAGGAGAUAAUGGCUUAGAGAUAGAGGCCGAAACAGCUAUAUCAGACUCGAAGCAUGUGACUAGAGUGGCAGCUUGAAUAUAGUUAUUCUUGUAUUAUCGUUAUUAUUAGUCCCC